AUGCCCGGCCUGUUCAGCUGGCUGACGAUCGUGAAGCAGGGCGCGGCCGGGGCGGCCAUGGCCGGGGUGAACUGCGUACUCAACCUCGGGGCCGGGUCCUUUGUCCAGGCGGGCGCGCCCGGAACGGCGGCGCUCGGGUACGGCCCAUUCUUCAGCCUGCUUGCCGGCAUCCAGAUCGCCCUCGCGGGCGCGGCCGGCGCCAUGCUUGUGUACCAGCUGCGUGCCGAGCGCGCAGCCCGCGCGGCGGAGGGGGCGGAGGGCAACGGCGGCGGCGGGGACGCCAAGAGUUCAGAGGCGGCGGCGGCGGCAGACAAGCCGGCGGCGGCGGCAGGGGCGGGCGGCGGCCGGGAGGCGGGGGCGGCCGAUGUGCAUGAGCAAAGAGACGCGUGA